GCUCCUCCAGGGAGAGGCUGUCCCCAGCACCUAUCUAAGUGCCUGUCUCCAGCCCAGCAACUCUCCACCUCUGUGCCCUCAGGACCUUCUGGCUCUGCUCAAUGAACAUGGCCCAUCCACGGAGGGGAUCUUCCGGCUGGCAGCCAGCCAGCAUGCCUGCCACAAGGUCAGGGAGGCCCUGGACAGUGGGGUGCCAGUGCAGCUGGAAACCCAGCCCGUGCUGCUGCUGGCUGUCCUCUUGAAGGUGAGCCCUGCUGACCCAGAGCCCUGCAGCUCCUGGCUCUCUUGGUGCUGAUGGGUGCCUGCGGGAGCACAAGCAGAAACCCAGCUGCCUGCUCAUGAGCCAGAGGCCUGGGGAUGCUGCAGGUGCUCCUGGGUGCAGUGGCCAAAGCCUCACAUGGAGCCCUUGGCACUGCAGGACCUCCUCCAAAAGAUCCCCUCAAAGCUCCCCAACUUCCAGCUUUUCGAGGAGUGGAUGUGCGCCAUGGAGAAGACCAGCAGGCAGGACAGGCUGGCAGCACUGAAAGAGGUGGCCAGCAAGCUACCAGACGCCAACCUUCUCCUGCUCUGGCACUUGCUGUCACUGCUUAUCAGCAUCAGCAAGAAUGUGGCCACGACGAAGAUGACUGCUGGGAACCUGGCCAUCUGCCUGGCACCAAACCUCCUGAGCCCACCCCAGGAGCUGCCCCUUGAUGUCCUUGCUCUGGAGACAGGGAAGGUGACGGAGCUCUUCGAGUUCCUUAUUGAACACCAUGAGGAACUCCUUGGAGAGCAGGUGGCCGGGUUGGCCAGCAAGGGAGACGAGGAGACACCAGCAGCACAAGCAGAGCUGGAAACAGCAGAGGUGCCUCCUGUUGCUCCUGAGAGUGAACAGCAGACGAGAUUUUCCAGGGAGAAAGGAUAAAACUGCCUGGCUUUGCUUGGCUCAGGGUAAUCAUGGCUUUACCUGUCUCACAAUACUAUUGAAUGGAAAGGUUCUCAGGCUCUUCACACAACACCAGGAAAUGAAGAGCAGCCUGGGAAAAGGGCAGCGACGGGCCACUGUGCCAGAAGAAGAGCAAAACUGAGCUCUCAGAGAUGGGCAACUGAAGAAAUUCAAGCAGGGGAAGAACAAGGCACCCAGGUGCCCAUUUACUGCUUUGGAUUCCCCGCAUGCACUCUGCUUCCUGGCCUUGGCGUUCCACCCCGCGGCCCCAGCACCAUUUCGGCAGCGGCAAGGACAGAACCACCAUGUCCUGCUCUGGAUAGAAGGUUCCACCACCUUGCCCUGGAGCCAGAGCAGCGCCCUCAGACCCAUCCCAGCCCUCGCAGGAGGCCUUGCUGGCUCACUCCUCAGCUCCACCAGCAAAUCCCCACCCACUGGAGCAUCUCCCCAGGUGGGGAGCUGGCCUCCGGCUCUUGAUAUUAUCAUUGUUACUCUGCUUGUUACU